AUGAUUUUGCGGGCUAAUUUAGCGUUAUACCGCUGCAACACGGCCUACCUUUCCGACACGUGGAAAACGGUGACGAAAUGGGCGAUCGUGGCCACGUCGGGACUCGUGAUUUUCAUGGUUUUCAUCGUGAUUAUUAUGAACUGUAUGCACAAAAGUAAGGGCCCCCAGCGGAUGAUUCAUCUCUUCGAGGAGCUGACGAUGGUCGUGCUUUUCCUGGCCAUGGGCAUUGCGCAGUUUUUCUUUUUGACGAAGGAGAUGCCAUGCAAAAUCGUGACGAUCGCCAUCCAAUUCACGAUGACGUUGCUAGCCGGCCUCUUUUUGAUGGAGGGCCUUUUCGCGCAGGGAAUGAUCAACUACUCGAAGCCGAAGAACGCGGGGCUGGGCACGCCGAUGAGCCUCUUCAUCUCGUUGAUCAUCGCCGCCAUAUCGACGGGGGCCACGUAUUUUUUGCAGCACAAAUAUUAUGCGGUCAGCGGGUUGAGUUGUCACGCCGUGACCUCCGUCGGGAUGAUGUACGGCUUCAUCAUCCCCGUCUGGCUGCUCGUCUUUCUCGCCGGCGUUAUGGCGCAACGCGGCCUUCUGAAAUGCGUGAAAGUGCAGUACGAUUCGGAUCUCGAGCAGGUCUACUGGGCAUACAAAUCAGCGAAAGUGCUGGUCCCGUUUUCGACUCUCGUCACGACGAUCUACGUGCUGAUUAUGUUUGGAUUAGAUCAGCAGCGGUGGUACGUCCUGAUUCUGGCGGCAAUCCUGAACGUCAUCCUCGCCUUCUACCUCUACGUCGCGCACACGUUUUCACAGCAAAAGCUAGCAAAAAAGAAGGCGCCAGGGCCGGGCGGGAUUUACCGGCAAUGUCCGAAGGAUAAGCAGGACUACGACAACGACAACCCCGAUUCGAAGUCGGAUGCCGCCCCGGCACCAGAACCCACAGAAGCAAUUCCCGUUGAUGCACCGCCGGCGUAU